GCUGUGACAGCAACCAGGGUACACAUUGGGAGUACGGGAAGUGCUGUGUGUGGGAUGCCAGCUGUGCCAGGAGCCUCCAGCCCAGUGUUGGUGUCAAUGCCAGUAAAGCCACAGCAGCUGCCAUGAACCUGGGGUGAGUGUAACUCAGUGUGUGUCCAUGUUAUCCAUGGUGUGUGACAGUCACUACAUUAAAGGUCCACCAUGGGCAGCCAGACCUCUUCAGCUCAGUGAGGAGGGAGGUCUGGGUGCCAGGUCCCCCAGGUUUUCACCCUGCAGCUGAUACUGCCAUAUAUACAUUGCAGGGUUAAGCCAGCCUCCAGUAUUCUGCCUCAAUCACGCAGCGCGUCCAUAGGAAAGCAUUGAGAAAUACAUUCCUGUGGACACUUUGAAUGAGCGCAUGCGCGUUCUGCGCUGGUGACGUCAGACAUGGAUGCUGACAUCGGCGGGGGAGGAGAGGUAAGGGAGCCCGGCGGGGGAAACGGGUGAGUAGCUGAAGGGGGACCCUGCGGGUGGGGGCACCCUCAGGGUACUAUGGUUUUCCUGACACACUAUAGUGUCCCUUUAAGGUCAGGGUAGCUGAACUGAAAGAAUGGCUGACUUACACAUUAUUUCCAGUUUGACUAUUUUUAACCAUAACAUUGAAAUUUACUUUGAAUUCCCUCUUUAGUAAAUAACCCUGUCUAUUCUCAAUUUUAGUGAAUUCAAUUUGAAUGGUACAAUUAAAGUAAAAAAAAAAAAAUGAAUCCCAAAAAACUGGGAAAAUUAUCUAACUAGGAAAUAGCCACAACUGUGGAGUUUGAAUUUUUGCAAAUCAGAUGUUUAAGCCUCAUUCUCUGUAGGUGGCUCUUUCGCUGUCCUUUACUUAAAGGAACACUAUAGUGUUAGGAAUACAAAUAUUCCUAACUCUAUAGAGCCCUAGUCACCUUAACGAUGACUAGAGCCCCAUUCUGCAGCGAAUAAAUGGGUGGCAUACCUUAAUCCAGUGCCGGGCUCCCUCAGCACUGGUGACCUCUCCUCCUCCAUCGACGUCAGCUUCUGAGUGGAGCCGAAUGCGCCUGCGCGGCCAGAGGAAAGCAUUCAAACCCGCCCAAAGGAAAGCAUUACUCAAUGCUUUCCUAUGGGGAUAUUUUUUACGCUGGAGGUCCGUGAGGACGUCCAGCGUGAAAUAAGUGCGAUUUACUCAGUGUAAAUCGCGGAAGCGCCUCUAGUGGUUGUUAGGGAGACAGCCACUAGAGGCUGGAUUAAACCUGCAGUGUAAACAUAUGCUAUGUUCAUAUGCAACUGCUAUGUUUUCAGCUGCAGGGUUAAAACUAGGGGGACCUGGGACACUGCAGGGUUAAGGGACCUGCGACACUGCACCCAGACCACUUCAUUGAGCUGAAGUGGUCCUUUAAUAGAGCUUUGCCUUGUUUUAAAAGGGAGCUGUACUAAAAAGAAUGGCCAGCAUCACUGGUUUAUUUCUACACCAGCAAGAUCACAGUGAUAUAUUAAAGUUCACAUAGAGCCUUUUUCAAACCUAGAGAUGUGAGAAAGUAGUUGACUGAGCUGAAACAUCACCUUGAUGUUGAUGGUUUGGAAAUAAACAAGCUAAAAGUGAAUAUCUGCAUUGUGAAGAUAUUGUGCAUUCUGGCACCUAGCACUCAGACCUAAUCAGUCUUUAGGUAAACACAUCUUUGACUGUUUGCCAGAGUUGGUAUCCAUGUUAACUGUGCCUCACUCUACAGAACUGGUUCGAUACAGAGCAUAUCACUAUUUGCUUUUUAUGAGUUGGACAGGUACUCAGCUUUAAUUCGCAUGGACAAACACGACAGACAUUUUAGUAUCAGUACUCCAAUUUCUUCCUUAACUCUUAAGGCUUUGGUCAGGAGCACAUUUCCCGUUUGCACCAUUAUAAUUCCUCAGAUCUAUUGUGGUCUAUUAAAUAUGUUAAUAAACUGCUGCAGGAUCAACCAUUAUAAUUCCUCAGAUCUAUUGUGGUCUAUUAAAGAUGUUAAUAAACUGCUGCAGGAUCAUCCUUCCUCUUUCUCAUUACACAGCAGGGAAAUUGAGUUGGAAGAUGUUUUCAUUUGCAUUUCUGGCACAUUUAAAUUCCGUUCUGGAUGUAUGGAUAAUGUAGUCUAGUGGCAUCUCUCGCAGGUCCACUGACUAUCCAUAACCCUGAAAGAAGUAACAAUAGGUGCAGCUGAUAUUUUUGGGAACACAUAUUUAAAGGCCAUUCUAUGCACCAAAAUUACUUCAUGUUAUCAAAGGCAUUUUGGGAAAUAGCUUCUGCUCCAGUUACUUUGCAAAUGAACAAUGUUGUUUCUGAGAGGAACGUCAGUGUUUUCUUUGCAGGGGUAAUCUGCCCCUAAUAGCUGGCUGUCAUGCUGAUAGCCACUAGAGGUGCUGCCAUUAACUCUUUCAGUCAGAUGGUCUCUUUCCAUCAAAUUGUCGCACAUGCACAAUAGCCUCUCAAUGCUUUCCUAUCGACAUUGGUUAUGUCAGCCAAAGAGGCGGAGCUUCACUGAGGAGACCUGUGAGAAAGAAAAGGUAAGUAAAAUAACCUUUUUUAAACCUGGUAGUGCUGGUCCGGUAACCUGAACGACUAGGACACUAUAGCGUUAGGCUAGGCUGUUUGUCAGCCGAGGCAGCUUCUCUAUGAUAAGCAUUUGAAUGGACCUGACAAGGGAUGGAGUGAUGUUAGAUGGGGCGUGGAGACCAGGAUGGCAAGCCUCCAUUUGGCAUUGGAUUCCAGGUUGGUUUUAUAGUAUUCAUAAAGUGUUUUACUGCAAAUCGGGAGGGGGAGGAAAUGUAGUGAAUGAUACCCAAUGGCAUAGUUUAGUGAAUAACCUUACAAAGGUUAAUAUAUUUGACGGUGUCUCAGUACUAUUUGAUACUGACAGCAUACUGCCAAGGUAGCAAUAAAGUCCAGAAAAAUCAAAUUACGGAAAAUAGUAAAUAAAUUUCGACCAAUAUAUUUGCUUGCAUAAUGUAUAGAUUUUAAACACUUUUAAUGUUGUUGUGUGGUUUUUUUUUUUUUAUUUUUAUUUUUUUAUUUAUUUAUUUUUUGCAGGGAUGGUCUUAAGCUUGAGACUCAAAUUCUUGGUGGAAAACCAAAGCUAAUUUUGGCUUCAUAUGGUAUGUUGUUGAUUACUAAUUAAUAUUUUUUAUAAACUUUUCUAUUUGUUUAUAAAUAAUAUAUUCCAUUUUUUUUUUUUUUCCCUGACUUUCAUCUGUAACGUUGCUUCAUUACAUUUUCUUUUUCUGCUGUCCUUGCUUAUAUUUUUAGCAGUAACAUCCUGGCUCUUUUCUCAUUAUUAUUGGCUAAUUGUGUGCAGUUUUAAAAACUACUUCUAAAUUGUUUUCUCACUAGCCUUACUAUACAGCAGGCAGAAUAUAGUUGCACUUAGUAAUGAAACUUUAAAUAAAAGAGCAAGAGUGAUUUAGGUGUUUUCAAGAGGGAAAUAGUAAAUUGCAUCACUCAUACUCACCAGCAGUCCUAGAUCUGGUAAAACCGUCCUGAUUUCAGAAUCCUGUCCUGCUAUCCUUGGUUGAUUCUCCUUGGGCACUUUAGCUUAAAAGGAAACUCCACUGCCCAAAAAUAGAAAUAAAAAAAACCCACAACCAGUGUUUAGAUUAGAAGAUGUACUCCCAGUGUAAAUAUUGAUCCAUUUAAUAAUGCAUUAUUUAAUUGAGGGUAUAUCGAAAAGCAACUUGCAAAAGCUUUUUGUCUCUUUUCUGAAACCUUUGUAAGCCAUUCUCUUCUAACCCAGUCCAAAGUUUCUGUGGCUGUCCAAUCACAGACUUCCCAGUACAGCUCAAUGAGAAGUCGUUGCAAGGCAGUCACUCUUAGCAAUUGCUUGCCUCUUGAAUUUAGCUUAACUGAACUAAACUACCAAGAAGUAACAGGACUGGUUCUCUGAUAUGUAGGGGAAUGUAACAAGUUUAAAGGACAAAUAUAGUCACACAGACCACUUCAGCUCAAUGAAGUGGUCUGGGUGCCAGGUUCCCCUAGUUUUAACCCUGCAGCAUUGAGGGUUAAUCCAGCCUUUAGUGGCUGUCUCCCUGACAGCCACUAAAUGUGCUUCUGCGAUCUUCAAUGCGAAAAUUGCAUUGAGGACACACUGGCCGUGCAUGUGCAUUUGGAGCUGACGGCAGGAGGAGGAGAGGUCACCAGCGCCAACCCCUUCAGCCCAGCGGGAGGGGGGGACCUAAUAACCCUAUAGUGCCAGGAAAAUGAGGUCGUUUUCCUGGCACUAUAGUGCUCCUUUUAAGUUAUAAUUUCUCUUGAAAUUUGCACUUUUUGUAAAAUAAGAAAAAUAUACAUUUGAGCAAAUUUAGCUUUUUUUCUUUUUUUUUAUCUGGCUGAGCAACAUUAUAGGAGCAGAUGAUAUUGUUAUCUGACCAACUGUUGCUCAACCUAACUUCAGGUACAGAGAGCAAUCACAACAUUGCUACAAAAUUAGUAAGGUUGAUGAAAACCAUUGUUGAGGAAUGGCUAGAACCACUGAAUUUUGUUUUCUUUAGAAAAAAAGGUACAUUAAAGGUGAAGUUAGAGUACUAUACAUGUUCAUUAGUAGGAAUCUACAGCAGACGAGGGGUCACCAAUUGAGACUAGAAGAAAGGCAUUUUCCCUUACAGCAGAGAAACGGGUUCUUUACAGUAAGAACAAUAAAGAUGUCGAAUUCUCCACCUAAAGAGGUUGAUAAGGAGGAAAAAAAAGGCUUGGAUACUUUUUUGCUCAAACAGAAUAUUCAAGGAUAUAGAGCCAAGAAGACCUUUACCCCCUUUUUGUGGCAUAAUUGGAAAUGUCUAAAAAAAAAAAAAAAAAAAAAUUUAAUUUUUUAUUUUUUGGAUCAAUAGCAUAAAAUAAUGGGUGUCAAGGUUGAACUUGAUGGACUUUGUUGUUGUUGUUUUUUUUUUUUUUUUUUUUUUUUUUUUUUUUAAACCUAGACAAAUGUGUAACUGUAGAGGAGCCAGGGAGCAGUGCCAGGCUUAUCCCAGGUAGAACGUCAAACUGUUAUAAACCCAUUUCACUGCAUGCUUUAGAGAUUAUUGUAAUUGGAGUGUAAUAUACAGUUACAUUCCCUCCAGAUACUGCAGCUCCAGAAAAAAAAAACAUGAUUGAGUUGUUUUGAGUGGAAGUCCCUUUACAAAUAUAUAUUAAAAAAAAAUUAAUGUUACGGUGUUUCGUAAUUAACAGAUUGUUGAUCCGAGAAUAAAUCAAAUUGGCACUUUGAAAUCAUAAAGACUGUAUGUUUAUUCUUUACUUUGAUCAACAACAGCAAAGUAAAUGUGUAGAAGUUGUUCCUUAUUUGCCAACCUGUAUAAUAUGAAUUUCUUUUUUUUUUUAGGUGUUCAGAAGAACAGUAAACAGGUGAGGUUUUGUUUUUGUUUUUUUUCAUUUUAGACCAACAUACAUAUUGUAUUACUGGGUCAUCUUGCUAUAAACAAUCAAAUGUUGUACUAAAAGCAUUUACUUAUUAUCAGGUUGGUCACAGUACAAGAAUACAAAAAUCCACACAGAGAAUUAAACCAACUGGGCAGAUCCUCAAAUCUGUCCAGAGCAAUAAUGUCAAAACAGAGCAGCCAAGGCGCGAAGCUCGACUGGAGACCGGGCAUGUGCUGACUGCCAAACCUCCUGCUAACGUGUUAAAGGAACUUGAAAACAAACACCACCCUACUGAUCAAAAUGUGCAGCAGGUCAAACAAGAUCUGGUGAAAACAAAGCCUGCACCUAAACAGACUCUGGUGUCACAGAUAUCAAAGCAGAGGCCACAACUGAAGAAAACUAUUACUGCCGAGGAGCUGAGGGAGAGCCUGGUGUGCCUGACAAAGGAACAGUUCCAGCAGAUCUUGCAGACCAUUAAUCAAGGGAACAAAGACAUAUCUCAAGAACCUCUAAGAGAUGAAGGUGAGAAAGCUCCCUUAAAAUAAUCACUUCAGAUGCUUCAUUUAAAGGGACACUGUAGGCACCCAGACCACUUCAGUUCAUUGAAGUGGUCUUAGUGCCAUCUCCCAUCACCCUUAACCCUGCAGUGGUAAUUAUUGCAGUUUUUAUAAAUUGUACAUGUGCUAGCUAGUGCAUAGAAAUAAUUUCAAAUUUUGUUCCUACAUGUUUACAUCCUCUGCAAAGUUGCAGAACUCUUUAAGCAUUACAGUUGGAUAACAAUUCAAUAGAGGAGCCCAUUUUUAAAUGUAUUCAUCUCAAGUACUCUGCCGUAGGAAGAUGUUCCUAGAAAAGAUGAGUUCUAUGGCUGUGAUUGAAAACUUGAAAAUCUGAAAUUGAGUGCUAUUACAAAUAGUGCAAAACACACCAAAAACCCACCUUGGACAUCUUCCACAAUAAUGUCACAUAGGAGGUUUGCUUAAAAACAACAGAACAGACAAAUUCUGGUGCAUAAAAAAAAAAAUAGAUACCAGAAAUGCCAAAUGAACCACUCACAUGGGUUUGCUCUAAUAAGCUAGCUCACCCGUUAUAUGCAUUUUGCACCAUUUAGGUUGGUGCUCCCCUCAAUGGUACCUAUAAGAUAUGAUUUCUUUCUUCAUCUUCUAUCCUAUAUGCUUGCAAAAGAAACUAUGGUAGCAUAACACCAUUAAACAAAUCAAAUACAUUUUCACAAAUAUUUAAAUAUUGCACAAAUUGUGCACACCAGCGACAGCUGCAUCACAAAACUCCUCCUUCACAAUUAAAAAUUGAGACACCAUGUAGUAUUAAAUCCAGCAAGGCAUUAUUCAGAUAAAAUCAUGCAGAUACACAUUUCACCCAGUCAAUCCUUAUGCUGAAAUGCUGCAGUGUGCCACUUUGGUCAGCCUGGAGUAGACUCAAAUGGAAUGAGGUAUUACAUAUUGUUGGUAAAAGCCAAACUGUAUUAAUUUAACUACUGCUUAGUUAAAGGGACACUGUAUCUGCUUUAUCUUAUUGAACAGGCUUUGGGUCUGGAGUCCCCUGGUGCUAUCUUUUCAUUCAGCGUUACAGACAACACAACAGUUUUUUUUUUUUUUUUUUUUAUGUUUUAAUACAUCCCCUCAAUGCUGCUUGGGCUAAUUAGGAAGUAGAUUUGAUUGGUUGAGAGUGUCAGCUGACUGCUUUUAGAAUACCAGAGCAUCCAUUGCUACAGAGUAGUGUGUAACAGUGCCAUCUUUACAGAAUUAUAGGCCCCCGGGCAAAGCAGUGCAUUGGGACCCUGCCAACACAACCACUCAGGAAUAAAAAUUUAAAUAUCGAUAAAAUAAAGUUUGUAUUUAUUGGUAACUUUAAACAAAUUUGGACAAUAUAACAUGAGCCUUGAAGUUGAAAAACAAGAAAUAUAAUGUAAAAGUGGUACUUCGUUGGUAAGUCAUACAGACAGAGAUGGCACAGUAUGAAAUUACUAUGAAUUAUUUAUUAUUAAUCAAGUGUUCAACACUUGAAGUCAAUGGUCUUCCGGUUGUAAUUUGCCAUACACAUGAUUGAAAGCCAAUAGGGCCCCCAGGUAGCUGCCCAGAGUGCCUAUGUCUUAUGGUGGCUCUAGCCAGGCUUAUUUUGUGUUAAACCGCUCAAAUGGUUUAACACUAAAUGGAGCGUCAGUGCCAGGGGACUCCAGGCACUAUAACCAAUUUACAGACAUGAAAUGGUGAAAUAGCUAUAGUGACUAUAGUGCCACUUUAAUUCUAAAUUCAUGAUUGUUUUUUCUUUACAUUGAAGAUGCUGUAAAUAAAGAGACUGUAGAUGAAAACAAUGAAGACCUUGUGAAGACUGAAGAUGAGAAUACAUCUUCAUUACAUGAGCAUACAAAAGAGAAGACAACAGAUGUGUAUGUUUCUAGGUUUUUUUUUUUUUUCAUAUAAUUUUACAAGAUUAGUAGAUAAUCUUUGAAAUUAGAUGGUCAAAAACUGAAGGCAGGCAGAUGGCCAGUAGGUUCGUAUCUGUUGAUGAUCUUGGUUUCCUAUUUUUAUUUAUUUUCUUUGUUGCCUCCUUAAAUCUCUGCAGUAAAGGAGGAGUAAAAUAAAAACGUGUAUUAGCUUCUCGCCACAGAUUGUAAAAAGACUUAUUGCGAGCACUGCACCAAGCAGAAUAACUUUGGCUACAUAAGACCAAAAUGGCGACCAUGUAUGCGAUGUGGGAUAUUAAAGACCAUGGAUUAGUUCCUGGCGCUCCAUCUGCCAUGGGCCCACAGUGCUGUAUUCUCACGCAUAUGCCAAAGUACAGGACUAACAUUUAUGGAGGAUGAUUUUAUCUUUAUGAUAUACUCCGUUUUGGGUUAGGGGUGUGGGAUUGUGACGGAGCUGCGUUAAACACACCGGAUUUGGGAAUUAAUUUUUUGAUAAGCUUGUAUCCAUAAAUGUGUUUGGCUUGGCAGUGUACGCUAAUCAGAAUCCAUGUCAUACUAUUGGGAUCUGACAAGAGCCAGAUGAAUAUAUUAACUCAGAGAGAGAGAGCGCGCGCAAUCUUGGUGGAUGAAAAGUCUAUGGAAAACAGGAUGCACCUAAAUAGGUCAACUAAGCAUAAAGGAGAAAUCAGUAAGAUAUAAAAGCAACAGGCAGAUUGGAAUUAAACUAGAACGUAAAAAAUUUAUAUAGUUCCAGUGUUUUUAUGAUUGCCUUAUAUCUUAUGCGGUUGAAUCCAUCAUCAUAGGGUGCAUAUGCUAAAGAAUGAAAACAGAAAGGGAAUACUGAUGGUGUACUAUGUUAUCUACCGAGUGGAAAUCCAACAACAUAAAGUGCGUAAAUGCCCACUCACAUGUAUUAGAACUAUCAUACAAGCUCUGGUAGUGACAGAGUGUAGUUGUACAAUCCCCACCAAUGGAUAUGAAUGAAGGUAUGUUCUCUCCCAUGGGUCACAAUGAAACCUGUAAAGACAAAACCAAUUUCCAAUAGUGCAGUAUGGUUAACAUAAAGGGACUAUAGUGCUAAAACGUAGCACUCACAGGCAUAGAGUGUUUUAAUUUUUAUUUUAUUUUUUUAAACUAAAGCUCAAAUUUUGCUAGCAUAAGGCAGUACUAUCUUCACCUGUAGAUAUGGCUGGUUAAGAUUGUUUAGUGCAAUUAAAGCGAUAAAUUUUAACUUGUACUUCAUAAAUAUAUCUCAUUAUGCCAGUUACACCUCUUUCCACUUGAUAAAUCCUCCAAUGCAGGUGAAACUCUUUGUGGACUAUUGUUUCUGUUUUUAACUUAUCUUGAAUAAACUGGACCAGACUAACUUUUUUUUUUUUUGGUAUCUUUUUAUAUUUUAUAUAUAUAUAUAUAUAUAUAUAUAUAUAUAAUAUAUUCUCUAUCUUUUUAUUUUAACUUGAUCUGUUCUUUGCAUAACCUUAAGGACAACGAAUUGGAUGCUUCCAUUUCAUCCACAGUGGGGAUUGUACCACCCGUGCUGUCAAAAUAGAGCAAUUGUACUGCUCCAAAAAGAAACUUGAAGAAUUUGUGAACCAGCCAUAUCUGAAACCAGCCUUAUACGUGCAAGAUUUGAGUUUUAGUAAAAGUUCUACGCUUGUGAGUGUAAAAAAACUUUUUUUUUUUUUAAAAGCACUAUAGUCCCUUUGCUUGUUAACUAUACUGCACCAUUGGCUAUUGUUUUUGUCUUUUACGUAUUUCACUGUGACCCACAGGACGGAACAUGCCUUCAUCCAUAUCCAUUAGUGGGGAUUGUACCACUUCUAGUGUCCCUACCAGAGCUUAUAUGAUAGCUCUACUACAUGUGAGUAGGCACACCAUCAGUAUCCUCUUUUGUUUUCUUUCUUUUGUAUAUACACCUUAUAUGAGAGGAUUCAAUCCGAUAAGAUUUUAGGUCAUCAUAAGGACACUGGGACUAUAUAUAAACUUUUUGUUUUUUACUUUACAUCUUAUUUCCAGUCUGCCUGUUGGUUGAAUAUCUUAUUGAAUUGUGUUUUAUGCUUAUUUGACUUCUUUAGGCACAACCUGUUUUCCUGUUUCUUUUCAUGCCAUUUCAUUUUGUUGGAACAUAUACCCAGUGUGUGCUGUUUUUUGGUAUAUUGGCUUUAGAACUUUUCAGCGCUUAUCCAUAACCUGUAAACCUUGGUGUACAGUUGUUAACUAACAUAACUUUCUUAAAUAUCCUAGUCAUUCUUUAUCAUACAAAACAUUUUUAUUUUUUUUAUUUUUUUAUCCUUUUGUUUAUUUUAGGCAAAUUGUGAGACAGCCAGCCGAUCUGUUUAGCACGUUAGGAGAACAGGAGAGAGAUCGUAGUCUUCAAGAAAAAAAAAAAGAACAAUGGAGAAAAGAGCUUGGUGUGUAUAUUGUUUUGCUCCAAUAUCUACAGUCAGCUGCCUCCGUAAAUAGGAAAUGCCAUGUUGUAGUUUUUAGGGCCUUUUCUUUUUACAUCAGUUGAUGUAAAAGUCAUUCUGCCUUAGCAGCGGAACCCUAACCCUUUACAAAGGCAUUGCAGAUGCUCAAAAAUAUUGUCGAAAUUGAUUUUGUUUUUGUUAAAAGUAACCAUUUUCUAUGUCAAUGCUUGUAUCCUAAAGAUGAACAAAUUGCUUUAAAGAAACAACGAAGAGCAGAUAAACCGGAUUGGCCAGGUACCAGACAGCAUAUUAAUGCUGCAAAUGAGAAGCCACGAACAUCUGACCAACCAAAGGUAAACAUAGUCCUUCGUAUUGUGAACCUAGUUUCUCUAGUGUUAAACCAGUUUUACGUUUUGUAUUUCCAACACAGUCAACUCUGUUUAUCUUUUUGAAAACUUUAAAAUAUAUAUUUCUUGGUUCCAUAAUUUUGAUCAAUCUUUGUACAAAAUAGUUUUACGUCUAUCUGCCAAUAAUUACCAUAUUAUAUCCACACUGCAGCUUUCUUUUCUGUAUGCAGUUCCAAUCUCCCAAACUCUGGCUGUAAUUCUUAUCUUGCUUUCUUUGUCAUCCUCACAAGAAACCGUUUUUGCAUUGUGUGAAAUGUAAUUAGUUAAUAGAUGAUUUUUCUAACUUUCCAUUUAUACUUUUGCAGCAAUUUUAUCAUAUUAAAAACAAUAAUCGGUUCACAACUGACAUUUAAACUUUCUUGUUAGCAGUUGUUAGAAUACACGCUGGUUUCCAGAUCAUUUCUGAUUACACAGUAAGACACACAAUAUUCUAAAUUAAUGUAUGGCAAUCUUCCACAUGCAGGCUACAGAUCCCAGUGUUGCUGGAACACCAUUGCAAAACAAUCCAAUUCCUGCAACAUCCACGGGUACUGACACAAGCAACUCUACACCCUAUGAUUUGAAUGGUCCCAGCGGAAGGGCUUCUUCCAGUUUCAGCUCUCCUGACCUUCCUGCAGCUAUCCGGAGUGCUUUUAUUGUAGGGGUAAGAUAAUGCUUUAAGUCAGCUGAUAUUCAAAAUAAACUAUUGGGGCGAUCUCUUUUACAAAGCUAGAAUGCUUAAAUAUUGUUUGUCACCAGUACCCUUAUACCCCUCUCAUCUCCCUAGUUAGUUACUUUUCUUGUCCCACUUUUAGCCCAAAAGAGGCUUUCUUUAUUUCCUAAUAAUAAUCUAAACCUGGAAAUGUCAACAAGCCCAUAUAAGCAAGGUUUUUGUUUUCAAUAACUUCAUUUUGCUCCCAAGAUAUAGCUUCUCAAACUUUUUCCUACAUAUGCUAUCAAAGAAUGUUAACCACCUUACUUAUGAAUUGGCAGAAAUUUAAAAAUCCCCCAAUGUAAAACAUGGCAGGUUUUUUUUUUUUUUUUUUGUCUACUAGACAGCCACUAGUGGUACUUCCGUGAGUUUACCCAACUCUGGGUCCCUUUAAAUGACAGUAGACCUCAUUGAAUUGUAUAUUUUCUUUUCUUUCGUAUUUUGAUAAGCAGAGAGUUGACUUUUUAGUGAUUGGAUUCUUUACCAAUUUUUGUUUUUUUUGUCAAUCAAUAUUUUAUUGAAGUAUUAUGAGGUUAGACAAAAGAAUAUAAACAAUCACAACUGAAUACAACACACAUUACAAUUGUAUAUACAACAGUAAGGCGCCAUCUUUUGUUUCAUUAUAGAAAGGUGUAGGAAGUAAUAGGGAUAACAUGAUCAUGGGUAUUCUGAUUAGUAAAAAUCAGCAUAAAGACGUACUUGGCUAACUACCAAGUCAGGAAUGUUAAGAGUGUCACUAUGUACUGUAUUACUCCGUGAAAAUAUUAUGAGGAUAAUCAGUUAACUAGUAGCAGGGCUAAACUAGCAGAAAGAUUACUUGGGCAUAGAAUUGUGCCUGUUGAAUAAGCCAUUUUCGGGAACACAGUUUAGUGGACAGAGCCCAAGAUGCAGAUAAAUGCUGAAGGCAAAGAACCAAGUUCGCAGUACCUAAGGGUCAGACGAAGAGAAUAGUCAAGGAAGCCAAAGGUCAGAACAGGCGGCACAGGUUUAGAAGCGAUGAUACAGGCAAGGGUCAAAAUCAGGAACAGGAUCAGGAUACAACAGGAGAGUCUCUGAAGGUCUUUACACAAUCAGGAGCACAGUACAACAGAGUGAAGGGUGUGUGCGACUUAAAUGGAGGUCGUCUUGUUAAUUGAGGUUCCACCGUGGUCUCCACCUCCUGUACCUUUAAAAGGCUAUGUGUCUGCGCGCACGCCCUUUUGAUUCUUCUGAAGUUUUACUUUCUGUGUGGUCGCACGUGGAAGCAGUGGUGUUCUCGUGAACAGACUUCUAUUCUUGCUGUAUACAAAAAAUGUGUAUCUAUAGUUCCAGUGUCCUUAUGUACAAACGUAGUUCUCUCUGCAGUAUAGGUGAGUAGCGUUCGCAUGAACAGAGGUGACGUUCGUACACAUGGAGUUGUUCCUUCUGCAACGGUUAAGUGGCGUUUGUGCAACCAGAGGUGCUGUUCACAUGAACGUAAGCAGUCGGCGUGGGUGACUGAACCAACCGCGCUGCCUGGGGGGGUCGCGCUCCGACACUGCAUCCUUGUGGAGUGUGAGAGGCGCGGCGUGGGAGCUCUCGAGGUAGGUGAGUGUGGGAGCAAAGUCCUGAUGGCCAUGUUGCAUAAGGCGAGCAAAUAUUCACCAGAAAGGCAAGUGAGUUAUAUGGGCAAGAUUCCCAUGUUUGGAACAAAAAGAAAACCUAUAUAAAAGCAUGCAUAUAGUACCAACAAAUGGAAUCCCACAUCUGGUGAGUCAGACCCCCUCUCCCCCCCCCCACCCCACCAAGUAAUAAAUUAACCACGACUCAUGGUACACGGAACGCUCUCUGGAGCGUUAGGUUGGAGGGGAGCAGAACAAAUCUGCCUGGGGACAUCGACUAUGUGGUUGAGAGUGAGCAUCUCUCCAAGAUUGUUGACGGUGUCCUGAAUGAGUAUCCCUCUUGGCUCUAGGCAAAGGUAGGACACGAUACAACGUGACUCUCCCAGAGAAAUUCCCUGAGGUAUUAAGGACAAGUUACCGCUGGUUAAGAUGUUGCCAAAACUUGAGCCAUAGUGUAUCGAAUGCCUCAAGGAUGGCCACUCUCUGCUGACCCUGUGUAUGCUUUACUAUGGGUUGUGAGGACUCAGAGAAAGCCGCCAGCUUAGGUGAGGAGCACUGACGCCAAAUGGUAGUGGAUUGAACCCACGAUAGCUCCUACUAAGAAGGACCUCCCUAUGAGAACCAGGAUAAUCUCCGCUGGUCCAAAAGGGAAACAGGGCCCUUCAGUGAUGCACAGGCCAAACCACGCAGGAGAUCGGCUAUCUCUCCCGUCCUCAGUGCAUGCAGGAGACGCAGGCUUUCCACAAAAAUACUGAACGAGAGCAUCUGGGACUGCAGAAACAGGUAAGUAUGUGAUAAGGUUGCAGCGCUAGCCUAAAUACAUUAUAGCCCCUGAAAGUGGAACGUUUACAAGGAGCUCUCGAAAUACAUGUCUGGUCUUGCUCUACUUAAUGAGACACUAUAGUCACCAGAACAACUACAGAUUAUUGUAUUUGUUGUAGUGAAUAGAAUCAUUCCCUUCAGACUUUUUGCAGUAAACACUGUCUUUUCAGAGAAAAUUCUAGUGAUAACUCCACUGGCCAUUCCUCAGAUGGCUGCUAGAGGUGCUUCCUAGGGCAGUGCUGCACACUGUACAGCACUGUCAUUCAGUGUCUCACCCUCUGCAUGCAGACACUGAACUUUCCUCAUAGAGAUGCAUUGAUUCAAUACAUUUCUAUGAGGAAAUGCUGAUUGGCCAGGGCUGUGUUUGCCUUGUGCUGGCUCUGCCCCUGAUCUGUCUCAUUGACCGUCUCAGCCAAUACUAUGGGAAAGCACUGUGAUUGGCUCAGAACAACAUUCUGAUGUCAGUCAAGCAGGCAGACCAGAGACAGAGCCAACAGCUGCAGACUUGAAUACAAGUAAGAUUUUACUAUACAUAGAGAGGCAAGGGGGCAGGAAGGCUAGAUGGUUGUUUUAACACUGUAGGGUCUGGAAUACAUAUUUGUGUUCCUGACCCUAUAGUGUUCAUUUAAGCUCACCUGUCUUUCCCCACAUAAAUUUUCUCAUACCUUAGAUUAGAGCAGCUUUCUUCCUGAAUGCGUUGUAGUGUGUUUGUAUGUAAAGCCUCAGUUUUUGUUUUUUACCUGUGAAGAGAAUGCUGGUCUCUUUUGGGAAAGAGUCAAGGGUUUGCAAAGGCUUUUGCUUUUGCAAUCUCUUUCUAAGAUAUACCUCCAAUAAAUGCAUGAAUGAAAAAUGCGUUCAUGCAUUCAUUGGGGGUAUAUCUACUAAAUGAUUUUAACUUUGAAUUUAUUUUUAAUCAUUUUACCUGUGGUGUGGUCCUUUUUAAGCCACUUGCAGUGCUAUUUUCCAAGACUCUGUGAAGUAGAUCCAGUGUCAGGACAUAUAGUUGUAAUCAAAACUAUUCAACCCUCAUUGAAAAUCAGGUUUAUUGUCACAAUUUACAGACUUUCCGCUGUUUGCAAUAAACAAAUCCAACAAAAGCAAUUGAAAUAGCUCCACACAACGAAUGCUUCAAGUGGUUUCCCCAAAUUCAACUGAAAAUGCAACGUACAAUGACUUUUCCAGUCUCAACCCCUUUCAUGGCAAAGGGAUACGCUAAGCAUCAAAACAGCUUUUGUUAGUGAUGUGGUUUUGGUGUAGAAAUCCUGUUCCUGCAGCUAGUCUUAUUGCUGAAUUAUCUGCCAUUUAGGAGUUUAAUCACUUUAUUUAUGCAGCCCUAGCCACACCUCAUUUGGCUGUGACUAACACAGUCUCCUUGCAUACUUCCUUUAUUGCACAGUCUAUGUAAUAAAGAACUGCCUGCUCUGGUAAUUCCUUGCAGUAGCCUCCUGUGUGUAAUUAAAGUUCAAUUAAGAAAGCAGGGAAUACAAAUUUCUAAAGUAACAUUGUGCUGUGGCUUGGUCUACAAAAAAAAAACCAAAACUGAUGUAACAACUAAAAAGCAGAAAACUGAACAUAAAGACUGCAGGGGUAUGAUCUGUACACAUAAACUGCUUUAUUGAUCUAAAGUUUUUUUGGUUUUUUUUUUAGUGCUUAGAGUUUAAGUUUUUAAAGGGGAGCUGUGACGUCCCAGGAUCCAGGAUUUGUAAUGUUUGUAGCUUAAAAAAAAAAAAAAGGGCAAGAUAUCCGUUACGUAAAAAUAUCAAUGAUUUUAUGGGUGCUAAUAUUUUGUGUUUUUAGGAAGCUGCUCCAAUGGAUCAUCCUUUCAGUGCAACCAAACGCCAGCAGCAGAAGAAGUGGCUGGAUGAGCUGAACAAACAAAGAAUGGAAGAUGUGCAACGCAAAAUGAAGGAAAAACAAAGGUUUUUAGAGGUAAAUAGAAUGCCUGUCCAUAAUUUGUUUUAUUUCCUUUACAAGAUUGCAGUGGUUAAAGCACAGUGGGGUUUGGUCACUAAUACCAGACCUUUAAAACAUGUAGUCUGUUAUCAUUCUAUGACACUAAUGGCUAACUUUCCAAUGCCUUUGGGGGUUUUAAAUUUUAUAGGCACACUAGCCACCAAAACAACUUUUACUUAAUGAAGCAGUUUUAGUGUAUAGAUCAUAUAACUAUAGUCCUACUACUCAAUUCUCUGCCAUUUUGGAGUUAAAUCACUUUGUUUAUGCACCCCUAGGCACACAUCCCUGCAUGUGACUGACACAACCUUCCUAAAUACUUCCUGUAAAGAGUCAUCUAAUGUUUACACUUUAUUGCAAUUUCUGUUUAGUUUAGAAUUCAUGCUCUGUUAAUAGGUUGCUAGACCCUUCAGUAGCUUCUUGUGUGUGCUAAAGUUGGUUUAAAAUUCCCAUUAUGCACGGUUAGCUUCAUCAUUAUAAGAAUCUAUGUUCACAAAACAUAGGGUACCAUCAUUUAUCUUAAAGGGAACCUGUUGUCCCAAAAAGAACAAUCGUUAUUUCGAGACUAUAAGUUCCCUUCUGUCUACUCCCUUUGUCCAUCCCUCAUUGAUAAUAAAAAUAUAAGUAAAAUAAAGAUUACUCGCCUUCUUUCCAGCCCUAGGACUAUUAGGGGUUGCAACCCUUAGCUCUGCCUCUGGUGUUGUCUGCAUCUCUUAGAGAAGCAGUGGAUUAGAACUGGGCAUGAGUGGCCAAACGCUGUGCUCCUCCAAUCAAAUGAUGCUGUCCGUAGCAUUUGCUUUCCAGACCUAUUUUUACUUCAUUUGGAGGUGGAAGCGGUCAGGAAACAGCCACUAGAGAUAUGUAUAACUUUGCAAUGUAAACAAUGUUAUAUUACAGGGUUACAAAUUACAGGACAACUGCUCCCAAACCUCUUUAUCUAAAUGAUAUUGUCCAUAUAAAUCUUCUGUGAAGGCAGAACAAAAAUCACGGUUUUCUGUCUCAUUCUCUGUAGGUCAUAAACCCUUUCUCAUGGGACUUCCGAAAAUAAAAUCCAUUUGUCUUAUUUAUCUUUAAUUUUCCUAUUAUAAACAAUAAAUUGCUGAUGUAACCACAUGAAGCCUAUCCACAUCAAAUGUUGUUUAACUGUUAUGACAUCAUGUUCUCUUAAGUUCACCAUGAUUCUGCUCACUAUAGACUGAAGAACAUGACCUGUGGGCAAUGCAUUUUGACUCCUUUAAGAAGCCAAUUGACCAUCGUCCUAUUACAAGAAUACCACCAUCUGCAAAUUUUUUGCUCUCUCCAGAGAUAGCAGACUCUUCACCGGUGGAGCUAUCUCCAUCUCCAGUGCCGAGCUAUCUAUACCAUGCAGAAUCCGGCAUGCAGAAAUCUGUAGAUGAAGAUAAUGCCCAGGAUCACAAAACAGGGUAAGUUUAUCGUUUUAUAAGGCACAACUCUGAAAUUCAGAUUUAUAAAAGUAAAUGGCUUUUAAAGGGAUACUAUAGACAUCAAAACAAAUUCAGCUUAAUGAAACAGCUUGGGUACCCCUACAGUCUUAAUGCUUAAAUCUCUGCUUAAUGUUUCUCUUUAUGCAGCCCUAGCUACACCUUGCCUGGCUGUGACUCCUGCAGCCUGUAUGAAAAAAUGUUUCCUUUUCAAUCAGAUGUUAACUUGGUUUAGAAGUUUUCAAUAAGAAAUUAUAGAUUAAAUCUACUGUGCAAUACAGGAACCUAAAAUAACUAGGCUCCUUUUCAGGAAGUGUUUAGGAAUGCUGUGCAAGCCACACGCAGGGAGUUGUAACUAGGGCUGUAAAAACAAACUGAUGUAUAUCCUAAAUGACAGAGGACUGAGCAUUGAGACUGCAAGGGGCUAAAGUUGCUUUGGUUCAUAUAAUGUCUCUUUCAAGACAAGAUCAAUAAAGCAGGCUAAGUGUAUUUGGCAUCCUUUUCAGUUGGGGCAGUCUUACAUAGUGCUCUAGGAACCAGCUUUCAAACCUUAAAAGUGCAGGCGAAACAAAUUGCUAGAUACUGCAUGGUGAUUAUACAUUUCUCAAAUAAAUGUCUUUUAGCUUGACUUUCUGGAGAUUUGUGUUCAUAUUUGGAGACCGUAAACCUCAGCAGGCUAUAAAGGUCAUUCAACAUUGGCAAAUGUAAUUGAACUUCUAUUUAACUAUGGUCAAACCUUAGCCUGUUGUGAAGCUCCUGCUUUUUCUCCUAGAAAGACUGAUAAGAAUAGGAGUGCAGAUUGUACUGUGUUUUAAAAUACUGUUUUACUGGGCAUUACUGUAUUAAAACAAAUUUAAAAUAUAAGAUUUUGCUGCUGCUAUUUUGUAAUUAAAGGAAAACUCUAGACACCUAAAACACAUUAACACGCUAAAGUGCUUUAGGUGUUAUUUGCCUAUCCCUACAGCAGGGAUCAAAUUUUCAAGUUCUGAUCUGCUAGCCUGUCCUAAAAAUCGCCUCCUCAAAACACAUAGGAACAGCAUUUGGUUUCAAUAAAUCUUGACAGCAUGAAGUGCUGGUGUGUUGUGUAAGUGCGUUUUAUAAAUGUGGGGAUGUAUUUGUAUGUAGUGUCUGUGUGAAUGCAGGGGUGCACAUUUAUCACAUCCCUUCUCCUCAUCCAUGUCCACCACUGUUCUCCCCUUUUUAUAUGCCUUUUCCUCAUCCUACGCCACAUCCAUGCCCCGUCUUCUGCCCAUCUAUGCCAAAUUAACCUGCCCAUCCAUACCGUUUUGUAUGCCCCUUUUUUACUUUUCUAUUUUCCUACUUCUGAUAUUUCCAGGUUUUCUUUUUUCCUCUGAGGUGCCCUCCUGUUUCUUGUUGGAGCAGAGAGCCCUCAUCCCUGUUACCCAUUAGUGCGAGGGAUCAUAUAUUUAAAUUAUUUAUUUACUUUUUGGGUGGGUUAAUUGAAAUGUCUCUGUAAUGUUCAUGCAAAGCAUUUCUCACUUACUAUUUUGUUAGGUAUCUUCGUACUAUGACUGCCUUAUUAGAUCCUGUGCAGAUUGAAGAAAGAGAACGAAAAAGACUUAAACAGAUUGAACAUCAGGUAACCUGAAGCCCAAAUUAUAGGUUAUUAGGCACUUAUGGAAACCCAGCUAGACCAUGCACAAAUUUGGUUAUAUCCUGCAUCCUACCAACAAUAGAUUACAUAAUCUCUUACACCUGCAUCUUGCACAAGCAUACACUUUAAAAUGACCCUUUGCAUUUUUAGAAUGAAAAUGUAUCAAAGCACUGACAUGACAGUUCUUUUUGUCAAGGGCUCAAAUUGGCAAGACUUUAUAAUUAAAUUACCAAUCAACUGAUUCACAUGCAUUUAAUUGACAUAAAAUAUGUUUUAAUUGUGAAUGGGGGAUAUAUGUAUGCUUCCCUUAUGCCAGAGCAUUUUCAAAAAUUACACAGUAUCUAGUGAGGGGAUAAAAUAGCAUGUAUUUAUUAUUUUGUUGUAUGAAUCCCCUUCGCUAUGAAAUACAUCAACGGCUUCCAUCAUUCAUAGGCUCUUCAUUUAUAGAUAUUUAUUUUCAUUUACUAUAUAGUUACAUCUCCAUUUAUUUCUAGCACCAGUGAUAAAAUAAGAAACCUUUUGAGGUUCAAUAGAGUUAUAGCAGUUUUAAUGAAAAAGAGGACCUAUAUUAGCCAGCAGAGGACGGUGUGGGUGAAUUUAGAGUUCGUAGGCUUGUAUUUGCUAAUCUACUUCCCAUUAAAUGUGUGUCCCCUUAUAAAGCUGAAUACAAGGCUGGUGCUCUCAGUCCCAUGAGUAAUAAUAGCUUUUCCUGGUCCUGGUUAUAAAGGUUAUAUUCAAAAAAUGAUUUAUUAAACAUGUAUCGUAUAAUGGUACAGCAAAUAAUGGGCUAAUGUACUGAACUGAAUAAAAUAAUCUUACCUAUUAUAUCCAAAUGUGGUUAAUUAUUUUUCUUUAUCUCGUUUUCUUUCUUUUUUUUAUUUAUUUUUUUCCUUCUUUCUUUGCUUACUAGAAAGCCAUAACAGCACAGGUUGAGGAAAAACGGAGGCAAAAACAGUUAGAGGAACAGCAAAGACAAAGAGAAGAACGUGAGGAAGAGCAGCGACUACAAAAGGAGAGAGAUAAAAUGCAAAGGCAGUUUGAAGAAGAUUCCUUGCGUCAGAAGCAGAAAGAAGUAAGAGAUCACUUAUUCCAUUACAGCUGACUAUUUCUGUCUGCUAACGGUUUGCCAUACCUAUCAACACCAAAGCGAAAAGAUGGGGCAGCAAGUGUGCUCUUCAGCUGUUCAGGAGUGCACUCAGUUAAUAGGUGGGGGCUCCUUUAUGCUAGGGGCAGUUGUGUACAUUCAGUUGAAUCGUUCUUAUCACGGUUAGAUUAAGUUAAAGAAGAUAUUCCAUUUGUAUCUAAUCUUCCUUUAGAAUAUUGGUUAAAAUAUAUAGUAGAUUGCACCAAAUACAUUUUGACAACUGGUUUAUUGGGUGGAAGCCCAUCUAGUGCCUCUCAGGAAGAGGUGUACGUAAUCAUUCAAUGUAAACAUUUCUGUUUCAUUGCAGAGUUAUAACGACAAUAUCACAGCAAAUAAAUAACUUCUUUAGAUGAAGUUGUUUGGGCGCCUUUAGUGGUCUUUUAAACAAGAAUCUUUAAAUGAUCAGCUCAAAAAAGGUUAUGUUUUAUUAGUUUAGCCAUAUUUUCUUCCCUUCUCUAUUUUACCAAUUUUAUCAGGGCUUAAAAAUAGUUAUCUUUAAUAUUUAUCUCAGAUUCUGGUACUCUGUUUUUCAUUUUAAACCAUUUGAGUGUUAUAAAUGGACAUGGUAGGCACCCAGAACACUUCAUCUAAUUGAAGUGGUUUGGGUGCAGAGUCCCUGUCCCACCUAGUCCUGCAAAGUAAAUUUUGCAGUUUUUGAGAAACUGCAAUGAUUACCUCACAGGAAUAAGUGCCUCUAGUGGCUGUCAAUCAUAUAGCCACUAAGGCGCUUCUGGGAUUCUAACGGACUCUGAGUCCCUUAAACGACUCUGGAUGUCCUCACAUUUUGCAUAAGGACAUUGUGUCCGUAAAACCCCCCAUAGAAAAGCAUUGAGGCAAUGCUUUCCUAAGGGGGGCGCUCAUACGCAUUAGGUUUCCCCGUCGUAGGAGGCAGAGUUUGUCCCAGUGUCCAGGGACAUCGGCGCUGGAAUCUGUAUGUGACUAAAGGAUUUUUUGACCCUUUAUGUGCUGGAGGAGGGACCGCAGAAGGGGGGGUGGACCAGAGGGCACUAUAGUGUUAAGAAUACAGAUUUGUAUUCCUAAAACUAUAUACAAUCCCUUUAAUAGUUGGUUGAGGAUAUAUGUUUAGGCUGAGUUCCCCCAUCAUUUAUUUAUUUUUAUUUUUUUUGUAUUCUUCUUUGUAGGAAGUGUUGAAAAUGAAGACAAAUGACCUUUACCAAAGUAUGCUGAGGGCGCAGGAAGAGGCACAGCGACUAAAACAAGAGCAGAGGAUGCGAGAUUUACGCCAAAAAGGACAUGACGUAUCAAAAUUGCAAAAACAUUUAGCUGGUAUUUCAUUUACUCAUUUGGUGUUGGGUAUUGUGUGUUUUUCAAAUGCAACCUUCGUACCAAAUGCAAUUUUAGUUUUCUGUUAGCAGGUAUGCUAAAACAUACUUACCAGCAUGUUAAAGAAUUACUUCACAUUCCCGAGAAGCUUCGGCAAGUCAUAAUCUGUUGGGCAUCUACAGAGAAAUUCUUAAUUUAAUAAUAAUAAUAAUAAUAAGGCUCUACAACAUGUAUUUGUAAGUGCCAAAAUGACAGACCUGGACUGUCAAAAGCAUUUAACCCUAGAUUUAAUGAAAGAAAAGUAUAUUCACAGAAUGUCCAAAAACAAGACACUGCUACCCACUAUUAUAAUUACCCCUUUAUGCGAUUUUAUAAUCAGAUUAUUUAGAGAGAGACCGAUACAAUAAAGUGCGAUAUUCACAUUUUAUCAGCCAUGUAACCACUAUCCUGCUUGUGUAUGUAGUAGUGUACCCUUUAAAAAUUAUACUUCGGAACCUUAUGUGGAUCACCUUCAGACUUUGUAUUGCUGCAAAGUUUUAGAACUGAUCCAAAAUUACCUUAUAGAAACCUGAUUCAAAAAUAAUAAAUUUCAGUCAAUCAAAACCCACAGCUAUUAAGUUUUUAAGAGACAACCAAGAUUUUAAAGAAGGAAGACUGUAUAGGAGGUUCACAAGACGUAACUGAGUUGAUUCAGAUCAGUUUUCCACUUCUGAAUAUGAUUCAAGCAGUAAAAAAGUGAAAUCCACCUCCGAACCUGGAUUACCUCAGAGUGGGAACCAACAAGUGUUUUGAAGAAAGGGGUCUUUUUAUUUUUUUAGGAAGACCCAAGAUGGAAGAUUUGGUCAGACCAAGAACUUGCAAUAGGGCACGUUCAAAUUUAGAAGGAGGAGGUUUAGGCAACAGUCACAACCAAGUUAUCAACAUCACUAUGUACCAUCUGUUCUUAGUAGAGGUCUGUCCUUAAUUCCAGUAUCGAAGUUUGACAUAUUUGGCUAGACAUAUCCUUGUUUGCCCUCAAACUAGCUCUUCGUGAAAAAGGAAGUAUCAUUUUUAAAGGGAACUUAGCUACUGUAUACACAUGCAGGAUAGUGGUUAUAUGGCUGAUGUAAUGUGAUUACAUUGCAUUUUACAGAACUUGUAUAUAUCUAAGUAAUCUGUUUAUAAUCAUAUGAAGGGACAAUUACAAUACCAGACACGAGUGUCCUAUUUUUAGACAAUCUGUGAAUAUAAUUUUCUCUCUUUUUUUGCUUUCAAAUUCUUCAGUAGUACUGUACAUGGGUAAAUGGCAUACAUGGGUCUAAUUCAUUUACAUAACCUGCCCAUACAGCAAGGAUUGACUGGGAAAGUCUUCUGUCUGUUAUCAUUUUGGCCAUAAUCUUAUGCCACCAGUAUUUUUUAAUGCACUGCAGUUCGCAAAGGGACACUGUACUCACCAAAGCAACUUAAGGUUCAUGAUGCAGUUUUUGUGUAUAGAUCAUGCUUCUGAAGUUUCGCUGCUCAAUUCACUGCCAUUUCAGAGUUUGAUCACUAUAGUUUGUUUGUGUCGCCCUAGCCACACCUCCCCUAGCCGUGACUGAUACAGCCUCAUGAAACCAAAAUGGUUUCAUUUUCAAUCAGAUGUAACUUACUUUAAAGUUCAAUUUAUAGAGCAGGAGAUAAAAUCUUUUAAUCACAUACAGGAGACUCCUGCAAGGUCUAGCGAGCUAUUAACAUAGCAGUUGAUGAGAAAUUCUAAAUUAAAUAGAAUUUGCAAUAAAGGAAGUGUAAACAUUAGAUGACUCUUUAUAGGAAGUGUUUAGGAAUGUUGUGUAAGUCACAUGCAGGGGAGGUGUCCCUAGGGCUACAUAAACAAAGUGAUUUAACUACUAAAUGAGUAGAGAAUUGAGCAGUGAGACUGCAGGGGCAUGGUAUAUAUCUCUAUCUAUCUCAAAACUGCUUCAUUAAGCUAAAGUUGUUUUUGUGACUAGUGUCCCUUUAAAACAAAUGUCACAACAAGUUAUAAAUUCAGCACUGAAUUAUUCUUUUUCAGGUGAUGUACAAUCGGACCUCAGUAGAGCGGUUAGCAGAGUCACUGAUUUACCAUCAGAGGAUCAAGGUAACGCAGUGAACAGCACCGCAAAACAGAGUUUUUCCACAACGAUCUCCCCUCGGAGAGACACUGGUGUACAAACCGGUAAGGACAUUUCCCAUAAAUAAAAAACACUCUGAGAUUGUGCAUUCACUGUUGGUUCUUAUAUGUUUUUGUCCUUAUAGGAUACUUAAAGCAUCAUAACAUUACAGUUGUAGAGGAGGCACAUUAUGGCUGCCAGAAAAGAACUAAAAACAGAGGUGCUGCACUCAGAUUAUUUUAACCAUAACCACUUAAACAAGCUGUAACAAUUAUGGUGCUUCGAGUAUCCCUUUCAUGCCACGAUUUUUUCACUGAAGAAAUUUGAACUGGGGAAGAAUGACAGAUUUUAAAAAAAUCUUCUAAACCAUAGUCUUUUACUUCACAUGUUAAACAUUUCUGUUUUACUUUUUUUCCUACCAAUUUGUGUCUCAAUCUUCUUAAAGUCUACAUAGAUUAUUAAAGUCUACUUGUUAAUGAGCAAUUAAAGUGUUAAUAACUUAAUAAACUAGAUGUAAAAUAACCUGAAUACUGUACUUGUUUUUAAUUAUGCAUUAACACUUCCAGAAAUAAACCUUCGUACCAACCCAGCAGCUUGCAUUAAAUACCUUUUUUGACUUGGGCAAACUAGAGGAUGUGAUUAUUAUAAAGCUCACGUUCUCAACUAUUAAUGACAAUGCUUUUAAGUAAUAAAAGAAAAUCUGUUUCAUAAAGUUGCAUGCACUUGAUCUAUGAAGGAAAUCCAAAAAUAGUUUCUGGGUUUGGUACUUUUUUGCCUCAAGUGGACCUUUUAUGUUAGGCUUUUUUCUACCUUAUACAGCAUAUCCCCAAUAGCAUGGAAAUCAAACUUAACCCCUUAAGGACACAACUUCUGGAAUACAAGGGAAUCAUGACGGAAUAUUUCCGUCAUGUGUCCUUAAGGGGUUAAAGGGACACUGUAGGUACCCAGACCACUUCAGCUUAUUGAAGUGGUCUGGGCGCAAUGUCCCAAGUCCCUUAAAGGACCACUCUAGGCACCCAGACCACUUCAGCUUAAUGAAGUGGUCUGGGUGCCAGGUCCUUCUAGGGUUAACCCAUUUUUUCAUAAUUAUAGCGGUUUCAGAGAAACUGCUAUAAUUAUGAAUGGGUUAAGCCUUCCCCCUAAUCCUCUAGUGGCUGUCUCAUUGACAGCCACUAGAGGCGCUUGCGUGCUUCUCACUGUGAUUUUCACGGUGAGAGCACGCAAGCGUCCAUAGGAAAGCAUUGUAAAUGCUUUCCUAUGCGACGGGCUGAAUGCGCGCGCAGCUCUUGCCGCGCGUGCGCAUUCAGCCCAGGAGGAGGAAUGGAGGAGGAGAGAAGGAGGAGAGCUCUCCGCCCAGCGCUGGAAAAAGGUAAGUUUUUACCCCUUUCCCCUUCCAGAGCCGGGCGGGAGGGGGUCCCUGAGGGUGGGGGCACCCUCAGGGCACUAUAGUGCCAGGAAAACGAGUAUGUUUUCCUGGCACUAUAGUGGUCCUUUAACCCUACAGUGGUAAUUAUUGCAGUUUCUGAGAAACUGCAAUAAUUACCUUGCAGAGUUAACUCCUCCUCAAAUGGCUGUCUACCAGACAGCCACUAGAGGGACUUCCCGGUGCUUAGACGCCUUUUGAUUGUGUAAAUGAUGCUGGAUGUCCUCCCGCUAUGCAUGAGGACUUCCAGCGUCACCAGAAUCCCCAGAGCAAAGCUUUCCUUUUGCAAAAUCCUAAUGAGAGUGCGGCCAUUGCUAUGCAUGCGCAUUAGGUCUCCCUUGCCGACGUCGGCAGGGGAGGAGCUUGGCGAAGCCUGACCCAGAACCGAGGGACAUCAGUGCUGGAUUCAGGUAAGUGUCUGAAGGGGUUUUAACCCAUUCAGCGCCGUGCGGGAGGGGGUUACUAUAGGAUUCUAUAGUGCCAGGAAAACAAUUGUUUUCCUGGCACUACAGAAUCUCAUUAAUAGUAUACAACAAUAAUUUGAUGUUAAAGCCAGUUGUUUUAAGUGGAUAUGUGAGGUUUCAGACUUUUAGGAGUAACUCAAUUUGUAGACCCCCCUAGUUACCUUGGAAAGUGGUGCUGAAUAUUCCUGAAAAUGUUCUCAAAAAUUCUUUAUUUUGUUGAUAGAUUUCGGAGAUGGUGAAAUAGAUACUGGACCUCUAAUUCACAUAGAUGACACUGAGUGGAGAUGUGCACAAGCCUCAUCGCCAGAUAUACCUAUCGAAUUUAAAGUACAAACCAAGACUGACAUUCAUUUAAAAAAACAGAAGACAUUCAGAGAGAAAGGGGAUUCCCGUAAGGAAAACAAAAAUACUGUUAAUGACAUCUAUGAACCAUUUGCAAGAACAGAUAAAGUUGUCAAGGACCGUUCUAGAAAACCAGACUGGAACAGAAACAACCCUAACAAAAAAUAUAUACCGGCCUCUGAGAGAUACCCAAAAGGACUUCAGAAACACAGGGAGGAGAGUAAAGCUCGGAGGCAAACGGAGCUGCUUAAUUUGGUGGAAAAAAACACCGUAACUAAUGUGAAGAUGAGACAAGGGAAUUCUCCAGUAAAGACUUCCCCUAUGCCUGUUGAAGACGCUAAAGUCUUCCUACCUCCCCAAGAAACUAAAGUAAACCAAAUGGUAAAAAGGGUAAGUAUUUGGUAACUCGCAGCAAACCCUCAGGUUUCACUUUUGGAUUCGGGAAGAUUAUUCUGAUAGAUGGAGUUGAUGAAAGCUAAAGAAAAUGUAAUUUACAAUUCUCUAAACCAGAGAGAUACAAAAUCAUUUAACUAUUAAACAACUAUAGUACAUCCUAAAACAAUAUUUUUUUGAGCAUGUUUUAAUUUUGAGUCAUUUAGCAUUUUCAUAUAGCAACCACAAAGAGGGACACAUACAAAAAUAGUAAAAGUAACAUUGUAUAAAUAUGUGUACAAUUACCUUAAAACUAGAAUUAUAAGUAGUGACUAAGAAAUUAAAAAAAAAAUAUCCACAAAUUCUUAUUUUGUUGUUGUUUUGUUUUCAUAAUUCCAGGAAGAACCUUACCAGAAAACCAAUUCAAACUUCAGACGGUAGGUACUCACAAUUACAUGUACACAGUUACAGGUUAGAGCUAAAAUAGAAGUUAAAGGGACACUAUAGUCACCUGAACAACUACAGCUUAAUGUAUUUGUUCAGGUAUGAUCUAUAGCUCGCUGCAGGCAAUCUAAUGUAAACACUGUAUUUUCAAAGAAAAUACAGUGUUUAUAUUGAUCGGAAUACCUCCAGUGGCCGUCACUCAGACAGCCACCAGAGGGACUUCCUAUCAUGCAUGGCCCUAAAAAGGCCUUGUACACGUCAGACGUAUUAAAAUACGUCUGACGUGUGCAGGAGAGAGAAGGCACUGUGUGCGUGCCUUCUCUCGUCUGCCUGUCCGCAGAGAAGAGGGGGCGGGCAAAGACCGCGAGCUGAGCUGUCAGUCAGGACUUCAGAGGGCAGCAGGACUUCAGAGGGCCGCCCUCUGAAGUAUGUGCGGCGAUGCCGCGCAUGUGCACAAGGGAGCAAUGACGCUUCCAAAUGGAAGCGUCUGAUUGCUCCCUGCUCGCGCCUGCCUAUUUCAUCAAUUUGACGAAAUAGGGGGAGCGGCUUCACGAGGCUCAAGGCGCUGGAACCAGGUGAGUAAAAUUCUCUGCCUGGAGAGUCCCUUUAAGAAAAAAAAUAAAAUACAUUUAAUUGUCGACAUUGUAGCAUAGGUAGAUAGGCUUGUGUGUGUGUGUGUGUAUAUAUUGUAGAAUAUAUUUAUAAUUUUUGUAUUGAAGUUCUAACUUACAUGAAAUUAAUGAAAAUGGUUACAAUACACUGGGGUGUUUUUUUUAUGUCUACUUACUUUGUUGGUGUAAUUUUAGAUUGGUGGGAUUUUAAACAAGACUAAAUAUUAAACAAGACUAAAACAUAAAGUUUUAAAACGAAUGACACAUUGGGGGCGGGGCCUGACUGUCAUGGAGGGAAGACGUGCCUAGCUGGAGCUCCACACUAAUCUUGGGGGAAAAAUGGCUUUAAAGGCACCCCUAUUUCACUACAAACCACACCCCAGGACCCCAAGCGACUUACUAGUCCUCUACCCUCACGGUAAACCGGUGAUGCGGCCCGUGAGUGGACUGCAGAGUGCACCUGCGAGGGCAAGUGGCCUGGCAAACACCGUGCGGUAGAGGUGGCCGGUCUCCCAGCCUGGAACCACCCGGAGACCAACUGCCACGAGUGGACACCCUUUGGUCUGGUGGGGGUGAUCCCGGUCCACCCAUGGUGGUACCCUCCAAGACGACGGAAACAACCGUGAAGAUGGCCAGAGAGCUGAGAGGCCAACCUAAAAUGGCAGAUACCACGCGGCCAGCAGACAGCCAACUCCUGUCCAGCAUUGACAGGAGUUUCCAAAACGUCUGGCUCAAGCUUGAACUCAUGCUGCAACAAGGUGCUCUACGACUACUCACCGUACGUCGCCCACCUCGACAACCGCCACCUCAGCAUCAGCCUGCAGCCCCGAUGGGGCCUAAAAAAAAACACGCGACGGCGAAGUAAGCACCUCGCUCGCGGAGAGUGGGUGGAAACCCCGGAAAACAAGCCUCGAUCUCAAGCAAGCACCCACCUCCUCAUGGGCGACUCUAUCCAGGCCCAGUGGCACGAUCAACCGACUCCAACCACACCCGCUCACUCACCGCACCACAACAAAGCUUGGCCAACUCCCACUCCGGCAGGACGAUCUACACAACGCCACAUUGGGAGAUAAAAACAUGCCUGGUGGACAUUGUACACAAGGAAGGUGGAAGCCCAGCCAGGGAAUCGGCUGACUGCCUAAACUUCGGGAGCUGGCUGCCGGUUGAGAUAAUUCUCUGGACAGGGACCCCAACUGAGGCUGCAAACAACCCAGCGACACAAAAGCAAGAAAAAUUCUACUAAGUUAAAAAUGUUAUUAUAUUGAUCUCACUUUAGAUUAGCCAAGUCUCCUCAACUCAACAUAUACUGCACAAUUGUUUUAGCUUUAACUAAUGUUGCGUCAGUGUCAUAUCAGUUGCAUGCAUGUUAGCUUACAAUAUGAAAAUUAGAUAGCCUCUGGUGCAUUAGGGCAAACUGUGAAUUGCCAGUCCUUUUCUAACACAAUAGUCAGCAUGCUAGGUCGCUGUUUUUUUUUCCCUCAUAUGUGUAACUCUGUGCACCAAAGAUGUCAGAAUGCUACAAGCAUAUUUACUCUUACAAAGAUUAUCACGUAGACAUAUCUACUAUACUUACUUUACCUUUAAACAAAAAGUGCACGUUUUCAAAGCCACUGUUUAACCUAUCUAUGUUGCCAUAUUAUUUAACACUGUUGUGGCGCAUGACUAUACUUUGUACUCACCUGCACAACAAAAAUAAAGAAUAAUAAAAAAAAACGAAUGACACAUUCUAAAUGUGUCGCUAACAUCCAAAUAGUGAGAAAAAUAAAGGCAUGUGAGUGCCUUUUUAUUAUCAAAUUCUUUUAUUUUAAAAUUUUUAUAUAUAUCAAUCAUAACAUAAUAUAAAUUCUUAAAACAUAUACAAUAAAAUUACAAGGAAAAAAAUGAAAGGGAAACAAAUGUGAGGGAAGGUAAUGCAAAUAUAAAUUGUACAUAACCAUGACCAUUCGUAUUAUUCUGGCUAAAGCAGAAUCAUUAUAUAAGCAUAUAUGUAUACGACAUACAUAUAUAUGUAUGUCGUAUAGAGGUAUCCACAUUUUUAAUAUAACAAAGCAGGACAAUAUGCACAGAGACAAAAAUAAGAGAUUAGAAAAUAUAGCAAGAAUGAGAAUAGAAGGUAGGGGUUAUUGCUGUACUCAGGGGGUGUAGUGGCAUAUUAUUCAAUAACACACACUGCAGUAUGUGAAAAAUAUAUUGCCCAAUAGAUGCCCUAUUUAGAAUUCCUGCUUUUUAUAUAAAUAAAAAAUACUUUUAUGGAAGUAAUUUCAGUUUGCUGGUUGUAAAACUCCAAAAUGAGAUGCCACCGCGCAUUAAGCACUAUGGCAUGAUAUGCAGUCUUUGCAACUAAUUGGUCAGUUAAGGGUAAGGUUAGGUGGCUGGGAUUCGCUCUGACUCUAGGUCAAUUAAGGUAACAAUUGCAGAUGAAUGUCUGAGCUAACUAGAAAGAUGAUCACUUGUUGGUUGCCACUUGAAUACAAGAAGAUAGGGGUGUGUAAAUAUGGUUUUAUUUAAAGGGUUACUCCAAACUGGUUUCAGACUUGAAUUUUUUUUGCUUCUGUUGUAUUAUUGUGCACUCGCCACCUAGUCGCCCCCAUUUCUCCUGUCUUUUGAGGUGGAAAAUGUUAAAAAGUAGCUUUACAGUUACCUAAAAUCCAGCGCUUGGCCAGGUUCUUUCCGUCCCUUUUCACACAUUGUCAAUUGUCAUGCCACAUUACCUUCUUCCUGUCCGCAGUCAAAUCAAAUGCUUCUCAUAGCGAAGCUUUGGACCUUGGACCAUGUGCUGCGACCAAUGCCUCAAUCAGCUUCUUUUGAUAGAAUCUCGUCUCCAAAGCACAGAGAAGUAGGGACGUAAAAGCUAUCAUUUGGGGAUACUAGGAAGUUGGCUGGCAUUAAGUGGAGGAAGGGAACAACUUACAGUUGAGCCUUUUUGUUGGACUGUGUGCAUGUAAACUGCGCGCACACACGCAGUCCUACAGGCCGCUCCUUGCAGCCAUGCUCAAGGGAAGAAGCUGAUUAUGUCCUUCAACAGUGCGCAUUAUGUGUGGACGAUGGAUGUUGUUUUGCACAUAAGUCAGUCCAGAACACCCUGGCACAAAUUUCUCUGUAUAUUUCUUUGUAUAGUCAGCAUUUCAGGCUGAAACACUGCACGUAUAGAUUGUUUGCACCAUGACCACUUCUAAAAGAAGAAGUUGUCAAGGGGAUUAAAGUAAUCAUUUAAUUCUUUAUCCGUAUUAAAAGCCCUUUUCUAAACACCAUGGCCUUUGCACUAAUUAACGCUUGAACUUGUAUAUGUAUUGUGCAGUCUUAUUUAUUGUAACUGCUGCAUACAAUGCGUAUGAGAUAUAGGCCUAAUUAUUUUUUUAAUUCAAGGGCCUGCUGGUAACAUGAGCAACUACCAAACAGAACUAAAUAAAAUAUGAAUUUUCUUUCAUCACACUUGGAUAUCUACCAAAAUCAUUGAAAUUUUAUAUUGUAUUCACUGUGAAACUUUAUAAUUCUCAUCCUAAAUCCCUUCUCAUAUGAACCAGGUCUGUGACGGUAACUUUGAUUGUAUAUAUUUUAAAGAUAACAUGCAAUGUCUUUUAUUAUCACAGGCCAGAUUCUCCCCCAGUUCCUGCUGUGAAAAACCGGUUACAUCAAGCGCAGAAAAAACUGACUGCACCCUCUAACCAACAAAUUUACAGUGGGACUUCUGUCCACAGGGCCAUUGACAACGCUAAACACAGUAACACUUCUCCAGAAAGCAGUGAUCAAGAGUCUGAUCGACCCCCUUCUUCACAUUUUAUUCCAUACGUGAGAACGAAAGAGAUAUACUAUCUAGAUCCAAAUGCCCCAAUGUCAAGACCAUCAACACAUGAUCCACAAUACAGACGACCUGGUAUGAAUACUGUAGAUCUGGUUAUAUAGUACCCUUGGGUAUUUUUACAAAUGGUACUUUCCAACAGUCACAAUGUGCAAGGUUAUUGCCAGGGGGGAAAAAAACGUAUCCCUGGAUCAACCAGCUCUUACUUAAAUGACAGGGAUAAUCCUUUAGUUAUAUGUAUUUUCUGUGUUGCUAAAUUAAGCGGCUAGUAUUUUUAUUUUAUUUAUUUUUGUAAAUAUUAAAGCGGCACUGUCAAGCCGAAUCCUGUUUUUUUUUGUUUUUUUUUUUCACCCCCCUCCCGAGUCCACUAUCUCUAAUUGACCCCCUAGUCACCCCCAAACCCUCAUAUUACCUAUUUUUUAAUCUUUCUUUUCUGCCCCGAUCUAUAUUCAGGGCGCCGCCAUCUUUGUGUGGGUAGAGGAAGUCCCUGUGGGACACGUCAUCUGCCCACACUAGAUAGACUGUGAGAUUCCCGCACAUGCCCAGUGAUACACCUGGACAUGCGAACGGGAAUUUCAUCCAUUCAUUCAUCAGAAAGACGAAUGAAUGAAUAGAAAAAUCAGACGAACAAACUAACACUGUGUAUCAGUGUUCGUUCAGUUUUAUUACAAGGAGGGAGCUACCGGCGCGCAGCUCCCUCCUUGUAAUAUGUAAAGAUAGAAGCGGCAGGGAGCAGUGCUUCCCACCACUUCAUAAGCCCCCCAGGUCCCCCCUCACUCUAUGGUGGUCAAUAUGACCCCCAUAAUAGCAUAAAGGAGAUUAAAAUCUCCCCAAUGCCCCUACUCGCUAUACCGCGAGUAGGGGCAUGUCCACUACUGUGGCUGCUCACUGUUAACAAUUGGCCCCAACCCCUAAACGACAUAAUGAUAACUGGAUUAGGACCCCAGGUGGCAGGUGGGGGCCAUAAUGAUAAUGAGGGGGGGACCUACUGUCCGGCCCCCCACCCCUGGGCAGCGGGUGGGGGCCAUAAUGAUAAUGAGGGGGGGACCUACUGAGUUCUAAAAGAAACGAACAUACUGUUCUCAUUCAGUUAGAACGCAAUUCGUCAGUUUCGUGUAAAAUGACAGGAAGCAUCGCGGGAACACAAGGAAAGGUAAGAAUUAUGGGAAAAUUGCUCUGACCAGCGGAAAUGAAGCACACUUUGCUCCUCCGUUGGUCAGAGCUGGUCAAGUGGAGGAAUCCUCCAUAAGGCAAAGAGUCCCUACUUUGUCUUAUGAUUUUAAAGAAAACUAAGAAGACAGGAAGAAAAGAAGAACAGAUCCUUAGAGAGGGGGAGAAGAGGAAGAGAUUGAGGAGAGGUAAGUUCGGCAUGACAGUGCCGCUUUAAUGGCUUACUAUAAAGAGAAGGCUAAUUUUGGGUGUGGCGCUACAAAUGAAAUAUUGCCAUUUAUUCUCAGGUGAUGAACAGGAGAUGAGACAGAUCUUCAGCUCUGACCAUGCAAGAGAUCCUUUACUAAAUCCUAAUGUAGUCAAGAAUAAAGACCGACAGCAGGCAAUACUGAGAGGAUUGUCUGAAUUAAGAAAGGUAUGUUUUAUCUUAAUUAAGAAAAGUAAUCACAUACAUAUAUUUGUUUAUUUCAUUGCCAACACUGCUGCAUAUUAUCAGGUAGGGAGCGGUCGUCCUCAUCAUUCCUGAUGUUUUGCAGGGUGGGUUAUGUGGACAGUACAUAUAGUGUACAGACUGCUUUGGUUUUUCUCAACUAAAAUUUAUUGCGUACAUAUGUGAUGAUAGGUCUAUUGUUGCUAGUUUUACUCUUACUCUUCCUUUGAUUAUAUUCUUUUCAUAAAAAGUGCAACAUCCUUGACACAUCAACUGUAAUAUUCUCUACUCUCCCAGCCUAAUUCACUCUUGUUGAUUUGUCAUAAUGACCUUGUAUGUAUAUCUUUGCACGUCAAAAAUAAAGAAUGUCAAAAAUAAAAUAAAACUGUUUCCCGUAACCACAGCAAAGCUGUAACAAAAGCAAGAUAGCUUAAGAAUGGUGACCGGACCGUUUUUCAAUUUUCUUACCGUUCAGGAUCCAGGGCUCUUUUUACAUUUCUGCGGGUUUGGGUUUAAAUGUAAUUUGCCUCUUACUCAUUUUACCCAUAUUAUAUACCGUUUUUCUCGACGUUAAAUGGUCUUUCUAAAGAUCCCAUUAUUUUCAUCAUAUCCUAAAUUUACUAUGAAAAAAUGAUAAAAAUUUUAAAAUACACCUUUUCUAACUUUGACCCCCAAUAUCUGUUAACUAGUGAUGUCGCGAACGGUUCGCCACGGACUCAUCAUUGAGUAAACUUUGACCCUGUACCUCACAGUCAGCAGACACAUUCCAGCCAAUCAGCAGCAGACCCUCCCACCUCCUGGACAGCUCACUAAGAAUGCAGCUUCACAAUGAAUGUAAAAUGGAUGCUGUCCAGGGUGGGAGGGAGGGUCUGCUGCUGAUUGGCUGGAAUGUGUCUGCUGACUGUGAGGUACAGGGUCAAAGUUUACUCAAUGAUGAGUCCGCGGCGAACCGUUCGGGACAUCACUACUGUUAACCCCUUAAGGACUGUAGACGUUUCAGGACAGUCAUCGGCAUUUUUGCCUUGCCGACUGACCCUGAACCGUCCUAACGGUCUUAGUUACUUACCUGAUCGCUGUCGUUCCCCCGGCGGCAAUCAGCGGUGCUCCUGUUGUGGGGAGAUUGCCUGCAGCCCAGACAGUCUCCCCACACUGGAUUAGGACCCCUGGGGCCAUGUGAUCGCUCAACAGAGUGAUAUAUACGUAUAUAUUUAUGCAUAUAUAUAUAUAUAUUUCAUUCUACGUGUAUUUUGAUAUAUAUAUAUAUAACAAUACAGUUAGAACGAAAUAACACAUCUAUAUUUUUUAAUUAUUUUUUUAUUUUUUUUUUUAACGUAUUUACACUUUUUUAUAUUAUAUAUAAAUAUAAUAAUUAUGUAUAUUUAAUCAGUAUCAGUCUACGUGUAAUUUGAUAUAUAUAUCUAUAUAUCUCUAUAUAAUUUAUUUAUUUUUACACUGAUUAACUUUAUUUUUUUUCAUUUCCAGCCUGCAGGGGGACUAACUGUCAUUACAGGCAGUCCCCCCUGCUGGCAAUGCAGCAGCCAGCUAACCCGGCCAUGUAAUUGUGAGGACCUCACUCUCACAUGGCUGGGGGGCGGGGGGAGGAGGCAGGAUCUGCAGCGGGGGACUCUCUGGGAUCCCAGGUGUCUCCCCAACCGCUAUCGCCGGCAACGGGGUAAAAAAAAAAAACGGAGGGCGUACUAUUACGCCUUGCGGAGUUUAGAGCCGCUUAGAAUAGGGCGUAAUAGUACACCUUUUGGUUUUAAGGGGUUAAGCAUCUACAACUGCCAAAAAACACCCGUGCUAAAUAGUUUCUAAAUUUUGUCCUGAGUUUAGAAAUACCCAAUGUUAACAUGUUCUUCACUUUUUUUUUAGAAAGUUAUAGUUGCGAUUUCCAAACCAUUUUUUUUAUUAUUUUUUUUUUAUAUAAAAUGCAAGUUACAUUGUAACACUGAUAUCUGUCAGGAAUUUCUGAAUAACCUUUCACAUGUAUAUAUUGUUUUAAAGAAGACAACCUAAUAUAUUAAACUUGGUAUUUUGACUCUUUUCAUGCAACCAUCCUACCACCAAUCUAUUUAAAAAUAUAUAUAUAUAUUAACUUUGGCCAGUGAUUGUGACUAAGUGGUUACUAAAAAAAGACUGGACAUGCCCCAUAUUGAAUACCCUGGGUUGUCUAGUUUUCAAAAAUAUAUGGUUUGAUGGGGGUAAACUACAUUGUCCAGCUUCAAAAAUGUCCCAAAUAGGACAUGGGUACAUGAUGACCAGCUGUGAAAAUUCCAAGUUGGAAAACUGGAAUGUGCACCCUCCAAAUAAGGUCUUUUAGCACCCAGAGAACCUGACACCUGUACAUGGGUGGUGUCUCUGUACUCAGGAGAUGUUGCCGAACACAUAUUGCGGUGUUCUUUUGUAGUAACCCUUAAAGUUCUCAGUACAUAUAAUAUUCUUAAAUUGCUAUGUGUCUCGAAAAAAAUCACCAAUUUUAUUUAUUUUAUUUGGCAUAGAUUGGUGUUAAAAUAGUUGCAUGAAGAGAGUCAAAAUACCCAAAGUUUAAUAUAUUAUGUUGUCUUCUUUAAAACAAUAUAUACAUGCAAAGGGUUAUUCAGGGAUUCCUGACAGAUAUCAGUGUUACAAUGUAACUUUCAUUAAUUUUGGAAAAAAAUGGUUUGGAAAUAGCUACAUGUACUUACUGCCCUAUAACUUUUCAUAAAAGAACAUGUUAAGAUUGGGUAUUUCUAAACUCAGGAAAACAUUUUUUAGAAACUAUUUGGCACGGGUGUGUUUUUGUUUUUUUUUGGCAGUUGUAGAUGCUUAACAGAUUUUGGGGGCCAAAGUUCGCAAAAGUGUUUUUUAAAAACUUAUUUUUAUGAAAACUCUUUUUAUAGUAAAUAUAUGAUGAAAAUAAUGGUAUCUUUAGAAAGACCUUUUUUAAUAUGUAUAUGGGUACUGUAAAUGAGUAAUAGGCAAAUUACAGCUAAACACAAACCAAACACAGCAGAAAUGUAAAAACAGCCCUGGUUUAACGGUAAGAAAAUUAAAAAAUGGUCUGGUCACUAAGGGGUUAAGUAACUUUAUCCCCACUGGGAAUAUUCACCUUGAGCCACGUAGCGUAAGAGCGGGCAAACAAGUGAUCAGUACGCCCCAUUCUAUGUGACAUUUCUUCAUACAAAGUUAUUUUACGCAAUCUAACACUGCCGAAAUUGAAGCGGGGGGGGUCUGUUAUGUUUUACAGCCAUCAAUAUAUGUGAAGUUAAAUAGGUAGUAUAUGCAAUGCAGUAGGCAUGUUUCUGACCUGAAGGGUUGUUUAAAGGUUGUGGCUGACCAGUGUAUAUUAACUAGGGACAUGGGCACAAUACAUAUUUGUAUUAUAUCUGUAUUCCCAAUGGUACAGCCCUGAUGCCUGUUAUCCAUUAGGUCACCCCACUCUUUAAUUUAUAUUUUUUUUUUUAUUUACUGGUAAAUGCCAUGUGUUUUUCCAUGUAAAUUUGAAAUAUCUCUUUUUUCUCCCUCAAUUUAGGGUUUGCUGCAGAAACAGAAAGAACUUGAGACUGUUUUGAUGCCAGAUGUUUGAAAAUUAUCUGGACUUGUAAUUUGUACUAUAUGUGUCAUCUGUAACUUAUUAAACUUUAUCACUUUUACCCAUGUGAAUUGCAAGUGGUUGCU